AUGUACAUCCUGUUGGGAAAUUUUUCUCUCCUGGAAAUAUGUUAUGUCACCACCACUGUCCCUAAAAUGUUGGGCAACUUCCUCUCCACAAGCAAGUCCAUCUCCUUUGUGAGUUGUUUUGCACAGUUCUACUUCUUCUUCUCCUUUGGCUGUGACGAGGGCAUCUACCUUUGCAUCAUGGCCUUUGACAGGUGCCUUGCCAUCUGCCGCCCUCUGCACUAUCCACGCAUCAUGACCAGACAGCUGUGCACUGGCCUCGUCAUCUUUGGGUGGUCAUGUGGGCUCAUCAUCUUCUUCACUCCAGUUGUUCUCAUCUCACAGUUGUCCUACUGUGGCCCAAAUGUCAUCAACCAUUUUGUGUGUGAUCCUGUUCCACUGAUGAUGCUGUCCUGUUCUGAAGACAUCACCACCCAGCUCAUUUAUUCCACUUUCAAUCACAUCUUUAUGAUUGGCACCUUUCUCUUUAUCCUUUGUUCUUAUACUCUAGUGAUUCUAGCUGUGGUGAGGAUGACCUCAGAGGCUGGCAAACGAAAGGCUUUCUCCACCUGUGCUUCCCAUCUGGCAGUCGUCACCCUGUUUUAUGGCUCUAUUUUCGUGAUGUAUGUUAGUCCUGGAUCAGGACACCCAGCGAAAAUGCAAAAAAUCAUCACCUUGUUUUAUUCUGUGAUAACACCUCUGUGCAAUCCCCUAAUAUACAGCCUCAGGAACAAGGAGAUGAAGGACGGUCUGGUGAAAAUCUUCAGGACCAGAAAAGGUGUUCAUAAAAUAUGA